AUGGCUGAACCUAAGAGCAAAUCACAAAUCGAUUGGAUCGACACGGUGAUCGAUCGGCUGCAGAAGCUCUACGGCGUUGCGCCAAAAGAUGUCAACCUGGCCGAGCUGUUGCCCCUCGACCAAGUCAUUCAAGUGAUCGAGGACGCGAAGAAGGUGUUCAUGUCGGAGAACUGCUUGGCCGAGCAGCAGGUCCCCUGCAAGGUCAUCGGCGACAUCCACGGCCAAUACCAGGACAUGCACAAGCUUUUCGACAUCAUUGGUCGGGUGCCGAAGGAGCGGCUCGUGUUCCUUGGGGAUUACGUUGAUCGUGGGCCGCAGAGUAUUGAGACCAUCAUCUACCUCUUCGCGCUCAAGAUCCGCCACCCGGAGUACAUCACGCUGCUGCGCGGCAACCACGAGACGCCGGCCAUCAACAAGAUCUACGGGUUCUACAACGAAUGCGUGCUCAAAUACGGAUACCCGGGCAUCGGGCUGUGGUGGGACUUCCAAAGCUGCUUCAACCGCAUGCCGAUGGCCGGGCUGAUCGCGAAGAAGAUCUUGUGCAUGCACGGCGGGCUGUCCCCCUACCUCGGCAGCUUGGACACGAUCCGCGGCAUCAUCCGCCCGUGCGAGCCGCUCGACACGGGGCUGCUCAUCGACCUGCUGUGGGCCGACCCGACGAACGCCGGCGAGGGGUGGUACAACUCCAUCAGAGGCAUCUCGUUGAUGUUCGGCAAGGGCGUGGUGGUGGAGGCGUGCAAGAUGCUGGGCAUCGACAUGAUCGUCCGCGCCCAUCAAGUCAUCCAGGACGGAUACGAGAUUAUGGCCGGCCGGAAGUUGAUCACCGUCUUCUCGGCGCCAAACUACUGCAACCAGUUCAACAACACGGCCGCCGUCGUCUGCUUCGAUGCCGAUAUGAAGGUGACCAUCCAGCAAAUGACGGUGAAGCCGCCAGCGAACGCGCGUCUCCGUCCAACCCCCGCCAUCGCCAUCGACAAGGACCCGGCAACUGCCAGCGCCGACGCCGUCUUCUUCCCUGUGACGAAAACCGAAGGCAAAAACCCGGAACCGCCGAAGGAGCUGAGCCAAGAGCCGAGCCAGACGAGCGCGAGCGCCGAAGUCAGCCAGCCGGCCGCC